AGGUUUGGCCCUGUUCAGCAUGGAAUUGUCUCGUUGACAACCGGUCUAUUUCUUGGAGGUCAUGUGGCAUCUCGAGGAGAGUCUACGCUGGAUAUCGUGAAAUUUUUGCAGCGUUCUCUGUCUGGUGCAUCAACGGAGAGCCGAAUCCAACUUCCAGGGAUAAUACACGCUCUAGAUAGAGGGUACCAGUCCGCCGCCGUGAAUGAACAAAUCCACAGCGUUGGGGGCAAAGUUGUCGGGACACACAAGCGCACUGGACGCUUUCCAUUCACAUACGAUAUGGGCUGUCGGUCUAUUGUGCAACACAAAAACUAG